GAAAACUGACUACAUAAUUAUGUAUUAAAGCUGCUUACUAAUGGGGUUUGAAUUGGCUAAAUAUAAAAAUGCCCUUGUUGCCAGAACUUGACACAAGAUCGGUUUUACAUGUAGUUGAAGAGAACUUCCAGAGACUUGACUUAAAAACCUAUGGUAUACGAAUGAUAUACAUUGGCGAACACAAGGCACCAAGAGAAGCCAUGAUAGAGGAAAUCGGCAAGACUGUUGAUGCAGUAAAUGGAGGUUACUGUGAUAUCAAAAUAACCGGUUUACUACUCGUGUAUGACAGUUAUUUCGUCCAUAUUGUUGAAGGAUCAGAAGACACGGUGUACCGUUUGCUACGAUUCCUGUUUAAGACGGAGGUGGACUGGAUAGAAGCCAUGGAACGGAAGGACGCGGAAGAACUGGAGGCGCUGCGGCAGGCGGCGUGCGAGGCGGAGGCGGAGGGCGAGCCCUUCGUGUGGCCGGAGGAGCCCGAGGAAAAGCCGGACCGAUGCUUGUUUCGAAGGCUCAAGCUGCUAAUGGUUUAUCAUUCCAUACAAAGUUUCCUGUUCAAAGGUUGGAGUGGGAUAAUGGCCCGGCCGCCGUCGCUGGUGGGCGUGCUGGACAUCAACGCGCCACUCGCGCAACACAUGGAGCAGCUGAAGAUCUGCCUAGACAAGAUCGCCAUGCUGUGCAGUCUCGCCACUGCUGAUGAUAAUCUGUCGUUCCAAGGCAUGAGCGCGGCGGACCCGAAGAGUAACGCGUUGCCCGAAGUCGCACUGCUGGACCUUCUCAUACAGUCGAGGCACACUCUAGCCCUGUGCGAAGUCAUACACUUGCACCGGCGCGUCGACGACCACGAAUUUUACUUUGAGAAAGUGUGGCCUCUUCCAAAUCACUUCACACCAAAACUGCUGUACAAGCUAAAGGUGGACGAUUCCUUCGUGGAGCCCCUGCCUGUCAUGCCCUGGGAACUGGUCAAGAAAGAAAAAACAGAAGAAGAAGAGGACCAAGAACGGCAGAGCGGUAGCUCCGACAGUGAUUAAAAUGUGGCUGUUAUUUUUUAUGAUUUGCUUUUUGUACAACCAGACCCUGUGUGU